UGACGGCUCCUGCCCGGCCGCGCCGCUCGGGGACGCGGGAGCGUUGUUCGUAGCGGGGUGCGGGCAGAGGGAGUUUUGCGGCGCGGUCAGCACCGAGAGGUUUCGCGUUGCGAUCCGCGACGUGAGGUCACGCGUGUUGCCGCGGCAGGAGGGGAAAGAGAGGGGGAAAAGUGACUUUGGGUUGAUUUGGGUGGUGUCUGGCGGGUCGCAGCACCGGCCGGUCGCCUCCCGCCCCGCAAACCUCGCGGUCGCGUGUGCGGCGGCCCCGGCGGGUCGGGAGCCUGCGAAACCCGCUGGGAAACGGCGAAGUGGAAAUCACAUCCAAUGUAAAGCUGUCGUCCCUCGCAUGCCCCUUCCCCGAGGCUCAGCCUCGGCUGUGGCGUGUCCCCGUGAGGCGAAUUGGCUCCCUGCUGCGGCAGUCGAAGGGUUAACUCACAACAGUAGCAAAGAUUGCGGCUGCUCCCUUUGAUUGCACCUACAGGAGCCGGGCUCGUCAGCACCCGGCUUGGGGGUCCUGAGCACCGGCUGCGGGGGCUCAACCAGCCCUGGGCUCGAUGCUCCUGGGUAAAACCCCUCCAGGACAUGGUGCUCGGCCCAGGGGCGCACCUGAGGGCCGUGACGAGCCGUGUGUCCCCUCCAGGCGCUGCCGAUGGAGACUGCCAAGCUCAGCCCCAUCAUCCGGGAUGUCUACGCGGCCGCUGGCCGUGUCCAGCAAGCGGCGGCCGCCCCGGCACGGAGGGGCAGCAGCUGCCGGGAGCUCAUGGUGAAGCUGACGGAGGGACAGUACGUGCUGUGCCGCUGGACCGACGGGCUCUAUUACCUGGGCAAGAUCAAAAGGGUGAGUGGCUCCAAGCAGAGCUGCCUCGUCACGUUUGAGGACAACUCCAAGUACUGGGUCCUCUGGAAGGACAUCCAGCAUGCCGGUGUCCCCGGGGAGGAGCCCAAGUGCAACGUGUGCCUGGGAAACACCUCAGGCCCCAGGAACGAGAUCCUCAUCUGUGGGAAGUGUGGCCUGGGUUAUCACCAGCAGUGCCACAUCCCGGUGGCCAGUGGCUGCGAGGGCCCCCUGGGGACACCGUGGUUCUGCCGCCGCUGCAUCUUUGCGCUGGCCGUGCGGAAGGGGGGUGCCCUGAAGAAAGGAGCCAUUGCCAAGACCCUCCAGGCUGUCAAGAUGGUGCUGUCCUACAACCCCGACCUGCUGGAGUGGGACUCCCCGCACCGCACCAACCAGCAGCAGUGUUACUGCUACUGCGGGGGCCCUGGCGAGUGGUACCUGAAGAUGCUGCAGUGCUGCCGCUGCCGGCAGUGGUUCCACGAAGCCUGUACCCAGUGUCUCAGCGACCCCAUGAUGUUUGGAGACCGGUUCUAUGUGUUUUUCUGCUCCGUGUGCAACCAGGGACCUGAGUACAUCAAGCGCCUGCCCUUGAGAUGGGUGGAUGUUGUUCAUCUUGCCCUCUACAACCUGGGGGUACAGAGCAAGAAGAAGUACUUUGACUUCGAGGAGAUCUUGGCCUUUGUGAACCACCACUGGGAUCCGCUGCAGCUUGGGAAGCUCACGGGCACCCCCCUGUCGGAGCGCGGCCCCCAGCUCCUCAACGCCCUCAACAGCUACAAAAGCCGGUUUCUGUGUGGGAAGGAAAUCAAGAAGAAGAAAUGUAUCUUUCGGCUGCGGAUCCGUGUCCCGCCCAACCCCCCCAGCAAGGUGCUGCCCGACAGAGCCGCGGGCGGGGACGGCAGCUCCUGCGAGCUGAGGAAGAAGGGGAAGAGCAAAUGCGUCCAUAAAGAUGACCUCCUGCCCCGGCAGCAGCAGAAGCGACGAGCGGCGCGGCACAAACGGGCCAAGUUCCUGCUGGAAGAUGCCAUUCCCAGCAGUGACUUCACCUCUGCCUGGAGCACCAACCACCACCUGGCCAGCAUCUUUGACUUCACACUGGAUGAAAUUCAGAGCCUGAAAAGUGCGAGCUCUGGACAGACUUUCCUCUCGGAUGUGGACUCCACAGAUGCCGCCAGCACCUCAGGCUCAGCCACCACGAGCCUCUCCUACGAGUCCAGCCGCAGGACCGUGGGCAGCCGCAAGCGCAAGCUGGCAGCUCCAGCCAGGAGCAGAGGCGGGGAGAGGGGCGGCAGCCGCGCCGGGGCCACCCCCGAGGGCAGCGACCGCCCCGACGACGGCAUCGACAGCCACACGUUCGAGAGCAUCAGCGAGGACGACUCCUCGCUCUCCCACCUCAAGUCGUCCAUCAGCAGCUACUUCGGGGCCGCGGGCAGGCUGGUGUGCGGGGAGAAGUACCAGGUGCUGGCCCGGCGCGUGACGCUGGAGGGGAAGGUGCAGUACCUGGUGGAGUGGGAAGGCACGACCCCAUACUGAGCCCUGCCAGCCCCAGAACCUCUCCUGGAGCCAAACCAGAGGACAUGGGGUGCUGGGGGAGCCCUGGCUGUGAAGCAGAGGAGGAGUGCUGGCCCCUGGCAGGGCUGGGACCCCUCUGUGCUGGCUCCCUGGGAGCUGCCGUGGCUGAAGGCGGUGCCUGAGCCGAACAGUGCUGCCAGGGGUGGAACCCACAGCCUGGACACUCUGUUCUGGGGUGGUUUUGAUUUUAACAGUUGUUGUUUUUAUGGUCAGUGUAUAUGCAAAGAGCAUGGCCCAGCUGUGCUCUCCUGAUGGAGCCUUUGGCCGAGCCCGAGGCACCGUGGUGGUGGUAAGAGGGGUGAGCAGCUUUGGCCUCUCCAGUUGGGCCUGCCCAGCAUGGCUGGACACUCCAAGAGGCAGCCCCUGUGGGGGCAAUGCCUGGCUCACUCUGACUUAUCCCUACAUCCAAGCCUUACAGAGCAGACUGGAGGGGGUCCUGCUGCUAAAGCAAAAAGCACCUCCCUCCCCUGUGCCUGUGGGUGACACCAGAGCCCUGUAAGGGCUUUUCCUCCUCCUGAUAAGACCAUUCCUUAAAGGGAUGUGGUUUGUUUUAAAUGAGGGGAAAAUGCCCCAUAAACUGGGCUGGUUUCAGGGCCAUGGGGCAGACAGAGGUGGUUGCUGUCCCUGGACUCUGUGGUGAUGCACCAGCAGUGUUUCCCAGUUCUGACAAUCGCGAUCUUGGAAGAGAUCAGCCAAAAGAUCCACCUUUGCCUUAAAACCACCGUGGGCACCUCCCAGGCUGGAGCCCAAGGCCUUUGUUCCCACAAGAAUCUUCAUCCUGAAAGUGCCAAACAAGCAGACAAACCAAAAAGCCAGCAGGGGCAUGGGGAUGGGGUUGGACUGGGCUCCCCACGGCCAUCCCCGUGGCCUCGGGGCUGUGCCUCGCCGGAGGCCAGCCCUGCUUUCUGUUACCAGGGUAGUGUUGGGGUGUGUGUGGGGUUGGUUUGUCUGCAGAAAAGAAGGAGCAACCCCCUUCUACCUAAAGCAAUACUGACAGGCUCCUCAGGAGCAGAGCUGUUGUCCUUUUUUAAAAACCAAUUCUCCUACCAUCAGACCUUUUCCUCAGUUGUUUUUGUUUCCAAGAGAGAGAUAAAUCAGCUUUGAGUGUUGUCCUGCUCGUUUCUCCCCCCUCACCACUGUGGCUGUCCUGAGGGGACAGGGUGGGGGCUGCUGGGGGGUGCUGUGUGGUCCUGCAGCCCCCUCCUUCCCUCCUGGCUCCUGCAGACCAGAAAAAGCUGUUUGUUGAAAAAGUGCUUCAGAAAAAUUCAUCAGCACAACGGGCAGGAGGGAGCAGGGGAUGUUUGCAAAGCAGAGGCAACAGUGUGCUGCAUCAGAAUAAACUGCUUCAGCUACUGCUCAAAUAGUGCAGUGGCACAGCCAGGGAGGCCUUUGCCAGUUGCUUUGGUUCCUGUAGCAGGCAUCGGGCCCUUGCCCUGCUUUGCACAGGGCUCUGCUGCAGAGCAGCAGCUUCUCUGCUGUGCCCACAGGUUUUGGCCAGGCAUGAGCUGUUCCAGUGCCCCUCCAGCAGCCUGAAUGUUUGACUCAGUAGAUAAAAGCAUUUAAACUCCUUUCUGACGAGUCCCUUGGGGCCGUGGGCCUGGUGCUGUGCUGGGGGAGAAGCUGUUGGCUGCUUGGGCAGAGUGAGGUUGGGGAAAGGAGAAGAGGCUCCAUCCAGCUGCCAGUGUGAGGUGGUUUGAGGGGUCAGAUGUGCCUUGGGGAGAGGUGCUCAGCACCCUCAGGAGCCCUGUCCUUUUGGGUGACACACUGCCAGGACCCUCCUCCCUGGCAGCGAGGGGUGCCGGUCCUGCAGCCACCCAGGUCCCUCCCUGUCCUGCCUUGGCUUUGCCACCAAAGGAUCACUUCAAGUAUUUCCCCUUCCUCAGCGCCUGUGGGGCCCUUGUUCCUGUCUGAGCUGCUGCCUGGGGCUGCUCAGAGCUGUGCCAGGGCAGAGGGGGGUUACUCCUGCCUGUUGUGCCAAUGGAAGUGGCACUUGUGGGAGCACCCACAGCACGUGGCCCCGGUUCCUCUGCUCUCCCUCUCUGUUCUCUCUCUUCUCCUCCUGGCCUCUUGCAGAGAAUUGAAUGUGGAGCCUUUACAACUAUUUUUGUUGCAGAGUAUAUUUUUCAUUAGCUGUAAUAGACUUUAUAAUGACUCUGUGCACCUUCUAAAGAUCUAUGAGUUCCGUUUGCUGCUUGUAAUAACCAACCUUUUAUACCCAAGUUGGAAUGAAUAUGUCUGAUGUACAAUUAAAACAAAAUCUCCUUUUU